CCAGAAUACAGCGCGAAAUACAAAUGUUAGCGCUACUAUAAGGUUGUUAGGAAAAUAGCUUUCCCAUAAUUAGCUCCCGACUAGUGGAAUAUUAGCUAAUAUUCUUUAUGUAUCCAAAAUCUAGCCUUAUACUCAUUGUAUCAAUCGUAUGGAUUCAGCUAAUAUUUGAAGUCACCUCAAGACAAUCAAUGAAAGAUGUUCUUGUUACAUACUGUGCGAUCUCAUGUGUUAAACACAAUACCUAAAGUGCUCGCCAGAUUCCCUAAUUGCCUUGCUAAUUAUUUUUCUACUGAAUCGGAAGCACCUUUGCAGCGAACAUCUGUUCAACUUACCGAUAAUGUUGAAGAAAAUGUGGUUUAUGAAGUUUAUGAUGAACAUUGGGAAGUAGACCCGCCUGUGCAACAAAUUCAUAUAACGACUGAGCAGGAACCUGAAGAACAACUACCAUUUAUACGGUUGAAAAAUCUUUAUAAUAUACCUGAAUUAGUGGAAGUAUUAAGACGUGAAAAAAUCCAAGAUAUCGUUUGCCUGAAUAUGGAUAAUAGCUUCAUAGCUCCUUUUAUGGUCAUUGGAAGCGGUAUGUCCAAAAGGCAUAUUAAAAGUACUACCACCCGUGUACAUAAAUUGCUGAAGCACAAACUGAAGGAAACAAAUAUACCGUUACCAUUGUUUCGUGGUAUCGAUGGAUCUUGUGAAUGGAUAGCUGUUGAUAUGAGUACAAUCAUUCUUCACCUAUUUCUACCUUCCACAAGGUUAAAAUAUGAUUUAGAGUCGCUUUGGUGUGCAGGUCCACGUUACGAUGAACAGCUCCUUAUGAAGAACACGUUGAAGUCGCCAGACAAAUUCAAUUGGGAACAGUUACUUUCUGAAAUGCAGCAUGAAAAGCAGUCCUAGAUCGCAUAUUCAGCUGUUUGAUGACAGAUACGACUUCCUUUUUUCUAAGUAUAAAAUAUCCGGUUGUAAAUAGGUUUGUGCAGAAAACAUGUAUAUAUUUUGGAAUAAAUUUUAAUCACUUAUGAAUGCUA